ACAUAUCUCUGUGUUAAAACGUCACGCUUAUGAGAAAGAUAUUUGUUGUCUUUGUAGUUUUGACAUAUGAAUUAAGUGUUCUUUGUUGUUACUUUAGUUACAUGUUCUGUCAUAGUGACAUUCGGUAAUGUGUAUAUGAAUGGAUUUCGAGGAGAAAUAUCUGGACCACCAAGAAAAUGAUGAAAUGGAAAUGAAUCGGUGUGAACGUAAAGAAGGUGGUAAGCGUGGUCGGAAGCCUGGUAGGAAAUCAAGUGACAAAAUUGAUGUGAAAGCAAAAUUAGAGCGAAGCAGACAAAGUGCAAGAGAAUGUAGAGCAAGGAAAAAAUUAAGAUACCAGUACUUAGAAGAACUUGUGGCUGACCGGGAAAAGGCUGUUCUAGCACUGCGGAAGGAACUUGAAAAGUAUAGAUUGUGGGGAAAGGAACUAGAUGAAGGCCGUAUGCCAGAGGGCAUGCAGGUACUUCUGGAGGAAAUUGGAGCUGUGAAACAAGAAAAGUGUUGAACUUCAGUAUGGACACAAUUUUGAGUAUUGUGUAUCUUUUUUGUACAUAUAAAUGCAUGAUGGAGAAUUUUUAUGUGAACAUUAUAUAAAUGUAGUUUUCAGUUUUUGAAUGUUGAUAUGUUCUGUACAUAUUGUUGUGUAAAUCUGUCCACUGUACUCAAAAGAAUGUUAAUGUGUAAAGAUGUAUGUAACAUGAUGGAGCAUAUUAUCUACAGAAAAAUAACCAA